AUGGAAGAUUCUCAGCCGCCGCUGGUCCGUUCGGUGAUUGGGGCGUACGAUGCAUGGUCAAGACUGGAAGAGAACUACGAGAAGAAGAGUCUGGCGAACAAGCUCUUCCUUCGCCGACUCUUUUUGACAAUGAUGUAUGAAGGUAAUGAUGUAAUGGAGAAUACCAACAAGCUCAAGACUCUGGCGGAUCAGCUCGAUGCGGUUGGCUCUCCGAUCAGCGAGGCAGACUUGAUGACCACGCUUCUUGGUAGCCUAAGGGAGUCAUAA